UUAAUUUGAGAAAGCCCAUAAGAGUAUUGUAUCGCUGAGCCCAAAAGAAAGAAGCAGAAAGCGAGGAGAAGAUCAGAGGCGCAGAGGGAUAUGUAACUAAUGACUGCUGAAUUUGAUGAGUGAUGAGUGAUGACGGCCACUGCAGAAUAAAAUCAGUUGAUGGGACAGUACAAUUUAUCUAUUGAGAAUGAAGACAAGAUUAAACUACUAUUGGACACAGAUCAGAUAAGUAUAAAAAGCCAAAUAGGCAUUUCCAGACUCCAGUCAUUGCGAGCUUUCGUGAGAUUGGAGAACAUAACAAGGGUUUGGCCGUUUGGACUUUCCAAUUCCCGAUUCCGGUUAGGGUUUCCCUUUCUUUCGCAUUCUUCCUCACUCUCACAACAGCUAAAACAAAAACAUGUGUCAUUAAGCUCCAUUUUCGUUUAUUCUCUUUCCCUUCACUCGUGCUUAGUGCAUUGUUGCUUAAAUUCCUCGUUAUGCCUUCCGUUGAGUUCUGAAUUUGUUUUGGUACUUAAAUAAGGAUUUUAGCUAGGUAUCGAUGAGUUUAACGGGUACAGAAAGCUCAGAAGAUGGUGCAGGGCAUCCAGAACCUCCCGAUCCUGAUGUUCUUGAAGUUGACCCUACCUGUCGCUAUAUUAGGUAUAGAGAAGUCAUCGGCAAAGGAGCUUUCAAAACUGUUUACAAGGCAUUUGACGAAGUCAAUGGAAUUGAAGUUGCAUGGAGCCAGGUUCAGAUUGAUGAUGUGCUACAGUCACCAGGUGACUUAGAGAGGUUGUACUCAGAAGUGCAUCUCCUGAGAUCACUGGAACACGAUAACAUAGUAAGAUUCUACAAUUCAUGGAUUGAUGAGAAGCACAAAACUGUUAACAUGAUUACCGAGUUGUUUACAUCGGGCAGCCUCAAACAGUAUCGGAAAAAACACAAGAAGGUUGACAUAAAGGCUAUUAAAGGAUGGGCAAAACAGAUAUUAACAGGCUUAAGCUACCUCCACAGUCACAACCCACCAAUCAUACAUAGGGACCUGAAGUGUGAUAAUAUAUUUAUCAAUGGUCAUCAGGGAGAAGUUAAAAUUGGAGAUUUGGGGCUGGCAACUUUCUUGGAGCGUACUAAUGCCAAGAGUGUUAUUGGAACCCCGGAGUUUAUGGCACCAGAGUUGUAUGAUGAAAAUUACAAUGAAUUAGCGGACAUAUAUUCAUUUGGUAUGUGCAUGCUUCAGUUGGUGACUUCUGAAUAUCCUUAUAGUGAAUGCAGAAACUCAGCUCAGAUAUACAAGAAGGUUUCAUCUGGUAUAAAACCUGUUGCACUUUCUAAAGUCAAAGAUCCAGAGGUAAAAUCCUUCAUUGAAAAAUGUCUUGUCCCAGCAUCUGAAAGAUUGUCUGCAAGGGAGCUUCUGAUGCAUUCCUUUCUUGACUUGAAUGGUUCGACAAGGAUUCAUCCUUUUCCAUUACCAGAUAUUGUUCUUCCCAAAUUUGGAGCCUUUGAAGGCCGAUGCUUGAUGUCAGAAGGUCCUACUAGUGCACGUCAUGGAAAUAUUUCUAUGGAUCUUGGUGGCACGAGUGAACUACCUGUGAUCACCGUAUUUGAUAACUCUACAGAUGAUGCAUCAUCAUCUCAUUCUCCAUCUGUUGAGAUAAGAAUGCCGAAGGGAGGUGACAUAUUCUUUCUCAAAGGCCAGGAAAAUGAUGAGAAUUCUGUAUCAUUAGUUCUCCGGAUAGCCGAUCAGAGUGGAAGGGCAAGAAAUAUCCAUUUUAUAUUCUACCUUGACACUGAUACUGCUGUCUCCAUUUCAAGUGAAAUGGUUGAGCAACUUGAGCUUGCUGAACAGAAUGUCCUCUUCAUAGCUGAGUUAAUAGAUUUGUUACUGCUGAAGUUGGUUCCUGAAUGGAAACCUUGUGUUUCAAUUGACCAUUUGGUUUCUCCAAAUGGUAAAUAUCAUGUGACCCAACGUAGAGCCUUGGAGUCGGCAAAAUACCAAGAAAUCCCAAAACUUUCCAGCCAAAUUGUGCCUCAAGAGUUUGGUGCCUUAACCUCAGCUGGAAGAUCAGCUGCAGACGAGAACCAUGAUAAUAUGGAUUUUGAUGAGGUUGUAUCUCAAGAGAGCAUUGGUAUGCAAAGAGCAACUAAGACAGAUGAUUUGUGUUCUGAGGUGUCGUAUGCUUCAGCAACAUCAGAACUCAACGAUAAUAAGCUUUCUGUGGCUUCAUUUAUGUCUUCUGCUGAAUCAGGACUAGUAGACUUAAACAUAACUAUACCGAAUGGAGGGAGUCAAUCCUCAUUUGUACCUGAAAUUGGGGGAUCUCCUGAUUACAGGAUCAAGUUUUCAGAAUUGGGAAGUGCUGAUACAACGAGCUUCUCUACUCAUCCUUCCUCUGUGCUUGAACGCGAGGAUGAAUUCAGAACAGAGCUAGAAAUGAUUGAACAGAAGUAUCACGAGGUAAUUAAAGAUUUUUCCAGAAGAAGAUACCAGGCCAUCAUGGAGAUUAGAAGAAGAAUGUCAGAAAAGAUGCUAUCAUCAUCAUCAUCAUCAUCAUCGUCAUCAUAGAAUAAUCUUUGUUUUUAGCUUUUUUUCUGGAGGGGUACAUAUUUUACCAGUCUUUUAUUAGGUAGAUUCUGUGUCCCAUCCUUCUUUCAUUACCGUGACAACUGUAAAUAGCACGGUGUGGAUGAAAAUGUUCUCUUGCCAUGGCACUCAAAUUCUAUUAUUUUAUUUUUCUGGACGACAAAUCAGAAGAGUUUUAUGCGGUCUUAGAAUAAUAAGAGAAAUAACACCAAAAAAAGAGAAAUU